AGUAUAAAUGGGGAUAACUAGGAAGGUCUGUGUCUCUUAUAUCUUUUUUGUGAAAUUGGGGCUGGCACUAUGAAGAUUUUACAGAAGCCCGAACCAACCAUACCAGACCUCUUGGAAUAUAAACUAGAUUACACUCCUGACCUACGAUGUAAGAAGCAAACUGACUUGGUGCCGGUUUGCCACAGCUGCAAAUCUUGUAUCUUGUCAUGGAAGAUUUUUGCUACCCGAGAAUGGUUCACGAGAGCCAGCGCUGCUACUCAGAGACAAUUUAUAGUGGGAAUCAUAAAAAGGUUCAGAAAUCAGGAUCUGCUGAAAUAUACAUGGAACCUCUUAAAGCCUACCAACGGCAAAGACUUCAUUUACAGCCGUUCUUCUCUCACUUCCAGCUUCCAAAGUUCUUCCACCUCAGAUCGGGCACUGAAUCUAAAGACACUGGAGCAGUCCAUGUCAGACCUCUGGAAGUGGUUCUUAAAUGCCAGUUUUUGGUCCAAAGCAAACUACACACUGCUUGUGCUGCAGAUGUGCAACUCAGAGCUGCUGUUUAUGGCUGCUAGCCUGAUCCAUAUCCUGUUGGCCAAAGAUGUGAAGACCACCACCAAAAACGUGACAAUGGAUAAAGAUAAAUCCAAAGAAGAAAAGCUUUUUGUACAAGAACAACAGAAAUCUGGCUCCCAUGCUUUGAAUGAUCUUCCAUCUCCCUCCGGUGGUUCUUCAGCCUUUGGAAGCUAUCUUUCUUCAGGGAAGACCAGACUAUUUGCCCAUCCACGUAUUCGAAGGGUUUGGUCAAAGGACUCCGAUCUAUUAUCUGAGAGUGAGGAUGAAAGCGACCACUUGUUGGUCUCACUGGAUUUCACCAAUGCGCUUCCUUGUUCUCAGAAGGUUAUCAUGCGCAUAGACUUCAUUCGCAGCCUGCCUAUCCAUCUGUCCAAGCGUAUUUUGAGAAUGCUAGACUCAAAGACCCUUAUCCAGUGUUCCCAUGUGAGUCCACACUGGGCCUUCCUAGUGAAAGAGAUUAGGCAUGACGUUAUAGCCAAUCGUGCCCUCCAAACUGAGAUUAUCUUCUUUCAGGGACUGUGUCCUAAAGGAGCAAUUGCCAACUAUGCUAGAGUGGUCAAGGUUGCUAUUCCUCAAAUAAACAAAGAUGGUGAAAUUAUUCCACUGAAAGGACGUAAAGACAAGCUGCCUCCUCAGGAGGAUGGAUACAUGCAUGAGGCUUAUCAUGGCCAGCUAACGAAUAAUGUCAACCUGGAAGAGAGGAAUGUCUUCUGUAGCAGCUACAAUGUACGUGUACUAAGAGAGAGUGUGGAUCCAGGAAGGGUGAUUCACUACAGUGGUGGGAAGUUGGUGGCCUUUGGUUCUGUGGACCGCAAAAUUCGUUUUCUGAAUUUGAAUGAGGUGAAGGAAGUCCGUCCUCUCCUUUCUGGCCAUUCUGGUAGGAUCCAUGCCAUAUACUUAAAUGAGAAGAAAGGAUUCCUUCUAAGUGGCAGCUUUGAUCUCAGUAUCAGGAUGUGGAAUAUCAACAGUGGAGCAUGUGUGAAAAGUUUUAUGGGUCACAAAGGGACCAUCAUUUGCUUGGAUUUGUACAAGAACAAAUUUGUUUCUGGAUCAAAAGACUGCACUGCAAAAUUGUGGAAUAUAGAGACUGGGAAAUGCCUUAAGACCUUCAGGCACAAAGGUAUAGUUUGGGCUGCUAAAAUGAAUGACAUUCAUGUUGUGAGUUGCUGUGACAGAGGCCUGGUGAAAGUGUGGCAUGUUCAGUCAUGCCUACUGAUCAAGAUUUUAGAAGGACACCUAGGCCCUGUGAGGUGCCUCUCAUUUGAUCACUGGCAUCUUGUGACAGGAAGCAAUGAUGGCUACGUCCUGGGAUGGAGUAUGUUAGGAAAACACAAAAGAUGCCUGAUGGCUUUUCGACACCCCAUGGAGGUGCUUUAUCUGGGAUUUCUGUAUCUCAGAGUCAUCAGUGGCUGUGCUGAUGGAAAGAUACGCAUAUUUAACUUCCUGACUGGGACCUGUCUGAGGGUUAUGAGAGCCAAUAGCAGAGGUGAUCCUGUGGUGUCCAUCUGUAUUGUUGAGAACAGACUGCUGAUCAAUGCACAAGGCACUGUUGUUUUGUUCCAGUUUGAGAAGGUGGAGUGGGACUAUACACUGCCAACAGACCGAGUAAUAACAAAAAAAGAUAAGAGCAAAGUUGAUGAGACUCCAUUCACAGUAAAGCCACCUCCACAUUCACUCCAAAAGUGGAAGACAAUCGCCAAAAAGAAGAACUGGAAACUUUACAAGCCUGAAGAGACAAUGCUUUCCUAUUAUAUUACUAAGCGGUCCACAAGAGGUUCCUGUGGCAUUCCAGGCCUUUAUUAUGAAAUGGUGAAGGUACCUCAUUCCAGGACCAGUCCGUAUAUGCGCAGGAAUAUAGGAUCACAGGACAUUCCACUAACUGAGAGAAAAAGGCUCCUUUAUCUUGCCAAGUCACAGAAGCGGAAGAGUGACCUAAAGGAUUCGGACUCUGUAUCAACUCUAAAAGGCUCUUCUGAUGAUGCAUCAGAACAGGAGUCUCUAGUCCCUCCCUCUUUCCUUACCAAGAAUUCUGAGGCUUUGCUAAAGCACAUGAAGAUGCGGAAUGCUGGCACCCCCAUAGCUAAAGACCAGGCACUCCUUGCAAUCAGCACAAUGCAUCAUGCCUACAAGGCUGACCAAGUCUCUGCCAACAUGGCAUACAACAUGAAAGUCAAAGAUGCCUGGGGUCCUACCCAGCUCCAGAAAGACCAGCCGAAACAGACUCCCAAAAGCCCAAAGCAGCAAGACAUGGAUCCAUCAGCUCAGCUGAAACAACUGAAGGCUGCGGGUGGCAUUCUGGGCAUCAAUAGGAUUUCCACCCCUUAUGAAACCAAAACAUUGCAGCUCAACUUAAAGAACUCCCUGCUUGGGGAUAACGUGCAGUCCUUCAUUCCCGCUCCAUCUAUUACACGUUCCAAGUCAUGCAGCAACCUGUUAGAAGAGACAAAGAUACAUUCUGGCCAUGCCAGGAUCCCAUCUCCACCAGUGGGUGGGCGGCAGCUCAUAGGUUUUUUUACAAGCUCCAAUGAAUCCAUCAAAGUACCCCAAAUGAAGAUCGCCCAGCCCAACGUCGAAGCAGUUUCGCAGAGAAAAAAAUGUGUCGUUACCUGCAUGCCAAACCCAUACAGGCUCAAUACUGGAUUCAGGCUGUUGACGCCACAGCAAAUGAAAGAGUAUGAAGAAACUAAAGUGUUUGAGUAUCAAGCCAACCAAACAAAAGUUAUAGCAGACCGACAAAAAGAAUGUAAGCAUGCCUGGUUAAGGAAAAUUAAAGGUCUUCCAAUAGACGGCUUCACCAAGGAGGGCAAAAUUGCAGCCCCUGAACUUGGAGAGAAUGUUUUCAUCUGAACUUAGCUUUUCAAAGGCACCCACUAGCUCUUCUAAACAAACACAAAGGAAGAAAGCUGAUAAAAGAGGGUUUGGGGACUGUUUGAAUGUUUGCCUUCAGCUGCACCCCUUCUUUCAGAAGACUCUGACAAAUUCUACCCAAUUAUAUACAGGUAUAGCUGAUAAGGUAGGUGCUUCCCAGGCUUCAGCUGGGGAAUCUACUUUCUUCCCUAAACAAACAUGUGCAUGUUUAAAAUUGUUCCUGGUCACUAGAGAAAGGCUUAUUAGCAUGACACGACAAUGAUUCUGUUUGCAAGCUUUUUUCCAGUGACUUGUCUGAGAGCACGACCAAUAGAUGCAUUUUCGCAGAAUAAAGACACCCUGCGAUGACAACUGUUUUCUCUGAUUCCUGUUGUGUACUAAGCCUGCUUCUUGGGUGACUCACUCACUUUGGACACAAAAUAUUGUUCUUGCCUGGCAAACACACACAGAAAGAACAGGCAAGGGCCUUCACACAUUUGAUACUGUUCCUUUAACAGCAUCCUUAAAUUCAUCCCUUCAAAACGGGCUUUCCAGUUUGUGAUCGGCAGGCAGGAGAUUCCUUAUCUUCUUGACAGGAAGAUCAGCAGACCCAUCAUGUCCCAGGGAAGCACAGUAUUGGUUUUAGCUGCCCAUUCUCAACACCGAUCUUGUGUGGCGCAACGCACAAGAAGACUGAUCAGGUAACCCUCAGCCAGCCACAAGGCUUUAAAUAAAUGGAAGUUCCCCUCUGUUUAGAAAUUAGCAGACAGAAGAAAACACAAUGUAUGGAUUAUGAGUAAUACCAAGAUGUCUGGGGAGAAGUUGAGGAAAGUAAAAAUGACCCAAAUCUGGAGCCCGUAUUUCUUUUCUUAGGACUUUGUUUCACUACCUUCUUUUAAAAGAAAAAUUAAGCAAUCCAAUCAUCCAAGACUGUCAGACAUACAAGUCGCCUGAUUAUAUGAUGGCUUAGUAUUUAAAGUCAUAUUGAUACCAGUGAGAGAGUUAAACACACACUUGAACUUCACCCAUUAAAAUCAAUAAGCUUUGCUUCGAAUGUGUCCAGUGUCACUUGAAAGGCUUUAAUUUCAGUUCCACAGUUGCCCUGUUGCGUGUUCUUGUGCCAAGAGAGCUCCAAGAGAUAAUUGCUCAAAGAGUAUACAUAGUUUUGGGG